AUGGGAGUGCCCAUGGUUAAGCGUUGUUGCUGCUGCGCCACUCUGCACACUGGGACCUUGAUUAUAGCCUAUCUGUACACGGUAUGGGCAUUACUGGAGCUGACCGGGUACAGUUUGCUUGUCACGCUUGCUCCUAUCGCCCGAGAAGGUACUGUGUCUGCUCAUCGGUCCGUCUUGUAUAUCACAGCAGCUACUGUUAGCGGCAUACAUUUAUUAUGCUCCCUUCUUCUCAUUGUAGCAGCGUAUAAGAAAUUGGCGUCCCUAACUCUACCAUGGACCAUAGUGACGGGUAUUCUGACAGCGUUGUUCUUCGUUAUGUGUCUCACAGGCAUCAGUCUGAUUCUUCAGGACUCCGGGGAGACCCUUGAAAUAGAAAUCGUGGUUAUCGCUGUGCACCUUGCGCGAGCUUGCGUUUCAGUAUACAGCAUCAUAGUGGUUCACAGCCGUCACAAAGAGAUCAUGUACGAAGAAGAUGAAGCACGGUUUCAAGGCUCAGCAAGGAUAUACUAUCCUGUAAAAACCUCUGACCAUCCCUUAUAA